CGCCCCUCCCCGCCCUGCGAUCCACAAUGUUCGGCCUCCCCGCCACUCCCGCAGUCGGGUGGGGAUUCAACGCAAGGACCCCCCCGCCUUGUCCUCCUCCGAGCCCACCCCAGCACUUGGAGAGAUAGGGUCCGUGGCAGGUACCAGGAUCCCCCAGGACUCUCUGCCCCACCCCCAAGCUUUGGGGCUCAAGGUCACAUCUCCCUGCUUCUGGCUCACCUGAGUGUCUCAGGCCCCAGGAUGCCAUAGAGGCCUGGCCUCAGCAAUGUCACCGCCCCUGUGCUCCCUCCUUCUCCUGGCCCUGGCCCUGGGGCUGGCUGGAACCCUCAACCCCAAGGAUCCCAACACCUGCAGCUUCUGGGAAAGCUUCACCACCACCACCAAGGAGUCACACUUGCGCCCAUUCAGCCUGCUCCCCUCGGAGCCCUGCGACCGGCCCUGGGAGAGCCCGCACACCUGCCCUCGGCCCACGGUUGUCUACCGGACUGUGUACCGCCAGGUGGUGAAGACGGAGCACCGGAAGCGCCUGCAGUGCUGCCAGGGCUUCUAUGAGAGCCGAGGGGCCUGUGUCCCACUUUGUUCUCAGGAGUGUGUCCAUGGCCGCUGUGUGGCGCCCAAUCAGUGCCAAUGUGUGCAAGACUGGCGGGGUGAUGACUGCUCCAGUGCGUGUGCCCCAGGAGUGUGGGGGCCACAGUGUGACAAGCCCUGCAACUGCGGCAAUAGCAGCUCCUGUGACCCCAAGAGUGGGGCAUGUUCCUGUUCCCCUGGCCUGCAGCCCCCACACUGCCUUCAGCCCUGCUCCCCUGGACGCUAUGGCCCUGCCUGCCAAUACAGCUGCCAGUGCCACAGGGCACCCUGUGACCCCCAGACUGGAGCCUGCCUCUGCCCCCCAGAGAGAACGGGGCCUAGCUGCGAGGAGUCCUGUUCACUUGGCACUUUUGGCUUCUCCUGCCCCAGCAUCCCUCCCUGCCACAACGGGGGUGUCUUCCAGGCCUCCCAGGGCUCCUGCAGCUGCCCACCUGGCUGGAUGGGCACCAUCUGUUCUCUGCCCUGUCCUGAGGGCUUCCAUGGACCCAACUGCUCCCAGGAAUGUCGCUGUCACAACGGAGGCCUCUGCGACCGAUUCACUGGGCAGUGUCGCUGCGCUCCGGGCUACACGGGGGACCGGUGCCGAGAGGAGUGCCCCGUGGGCUACUUCGGGCAGGACUGUGCUGAGACGUGCGACUGUGCCCCUGGUGCCCGCUGCUUCCCAGCCAACGGCGCGUGUCUGUGCGAACACGGCUUCACCGGGGACCGCUGCGCCGAGCGCCUCUGCCCCGACGGUCUCUACGGCCUCAGCUGCCAAGUGCCCUGCACCUGCGACCCGGAACACAGCUUCAGCUGCCACCCGAUGAGCGGGGAGUGCUCGUGCCUGCCGGGCUGGGCGGGCCUCCACUGCAACGAGAGCUGCCCGCAGGACACGCACGGGCCAGGCUGCCAGGAGCACUGCCUCUGCCUGCACGGCGGCGUCUGCCAGCCCGACAGCGGCCUCUGCCGGUGCGCGCCGGGCUACACGGGCCCGCACUGCGCUAGCCUCUGCCCUCCCGACUCCUACGGCGUCAAUUGCUCCUCGCGCUGCUCCUGCGAAAAUGCCAUCGCCUGCUCGCCGGUCGACGGCGCCUGCAUCUGCAAGGAAGGUUGGCAGCGCGGUAACUGCUCAAUACCCUGCCCACCUGGAACCUGGGGCUUCAACUGCAAUGCUAGCUGCCAGUGUGUCCAUGGGGCAGCCUGCAGCCCCCAAACUGGAGCCUGUACUUGUACCCCUGGGUGGCACGGGGCCCACUGUCAGCUCCCCUGCCCGAAGGGGCAGUUUGGUGAAGGCUGCGCCAGUCACUGCGACUGUGACCAUUCUGAUGGCUGUGACCCUGUUCAUGGAGGUUGCCAUUGCCAGGCUGGCUGGACGGGUACCCGCUGCCACCUGCCCUGCCCUGAGGGCUUCUGGGGAACCAACUGUAGCAACACCUGCACCUGCAAGAAUGGGGGCACCUGCAUCCCUGAGAAUGGCAACUGUGUGUGUGCACCUGGAUUCCGAGGCCCCUCCUGCCAGAGACCCUGUCAGCCUGGCCGCUAUGGCAAACGCUGUGUACCCUGCAAGUGUGCUAACCACUCCUCCUGUCACCCCUCGAAUGGAACCUGCUACUGCCUGGCAGGCUGGACCGGCCCUGACUGCUCCCAACCGUGCCCUCUAGGACACUGGGGAGCCAACUGUGCCCAGCUCUGCCAGUGUCGUCAUGGUGGGACCUGCCACCCCCAGGAUGGGAGUUGUUUCUGCCCCCCAGGCUGGAUCGGACAUCUCUGUUUGGAAGGCUGUCCUCCAGGGAUGUUCGGUGCCAAUUGCUCCCAACCAUGCCAGUGUGGUUCUGGAGAGAGAUGCCACCCCGAGACCGGGGCCUGUGUGUGUCCCCCAGGGCACAGUGGUGCCCCCUGCAGGAUCGGAAGCCAGGAGCCAUUCACCAUGAUGCCCACGGCUCCAGUGGCCUAUAGCUCAGUGGGAGCAGUGAUUGGCAUCGCCGUGCUGGGAUCCCUGGUGGUGGCCCUGGUGGUGCUGUUCAUUGGCUACCGCCACUGGCAAAAAGGCAAGGAGCACCAGCACCUGGCAGUGGCCUACAGCAGCGGGCGACUGGAUGGCUCUGAGUACGUCAUGCCAGAUGUCCCUCCAAGCUACAGUCACUACUACUCCAACCCCAGCUACCACACACUGUGCUCACCUAACCCUCCGCCCCCCAACAAGGUUCCAGGCAGUCAGCUCUUUGUCAGCCUCCAGACCCCUGAGCGGCCAGGUGGAACCCCUGGGCAUGAGAACCACGCCACCCUGCCUGCUGACUGGAAGCACCGCCGCGAGCCCCCUCCGGGGCCUCUGGACAGGGGGAGCAGCCGCCUGGACCGAAGCUACAGCUGUAGCUACAGCAACAGUAAUGGCCCAGGCCCAUUCUAUAGCAAAGGGCCCAUCUCUGAAGAGGGGCUGGGGGCCAGCAUGGCUUCCCUGAGCAGCGAGAACCCCUACGCCACCAUCCGGGACCUGCCCAGCCUGCUAGGGAGCCCCCGGGAGAGCAGCUACGUGGAGAUGAAAGGCCCUCCCUCAGGGUCACCCCCCAGGCAGCCUCCUCAGCUAAGGGACAGCCAGAGGCGGCGACAACCCCAGCCACAGAGAGACAGCGGCACCUAUGAGCAGCCCAGCCCCCUGACCCAUGACCGAGACUCCGUGGGCUCCCAGCCCCCUCUGCCUCCGGGCCUGCCUCCGGGCCACUACGACUCGCCCAAGAACAGCCACAUCCCUGGACACUAUGAUUUGCCUCCAGUCCGGCAUCCCCCAUCACCCCCACUUCGGCGUCAGGACCGCUGAGGGGCCGGGAUGGUGUGCAGAGGUCAGCACACCUGUUCCUUGCUGCCCGAGGCUGAGGACAGAAGCUGCUGUACCCUGCCAGGAGCAGGGAGAGAAGCGGCAGGCCGUGAACAUGAACAUGUUUCAUAGAGGAAAUGAAUGGAGAGGAGAUGGGAGCCUGGCUCCCAGGUUCCAUCGUGGGAGACACUGGUCAGCAGGAAGCUUGUGUUCCUUUUCCCCAGCCCACUGCUCCCCAAGGCCCCCAGGGCCCUGUGUACAUAAACUGGUAGGUUGAGUGUUGCUAGAUAACUCUGAUUUUAGACUGAUGUAAAAAAUGUAUAUUGGGAACUUUUCUGUCACUCUAGGGCUAGGCUCUCUCUGUGUGUGUGUGUGUGUGUGUGUGUGUGUGUGUGUGUGUGUGAUUUCAGAGGGGUGCCAGGCACAGAUCCUGGCAUUCACUAUUUAGCAGAGAGGCAGCCCAAACCCAUGUUAACUCUAGAAACAGCCUGACUGGCUUCCUUGCGUUCACUUGGUACUCCCUUCAAACAGCUGCUCAAAAUACAAGCUGGUUAGGUUACCCCUGCCUGAACGUCUUCAUGGGAGCUCCAGGGCUCUUGGGCCAUGGUCAAAACUGUCAAAUACCUUAAAGCCUUUGCUGGCCUGUCUGUCUCUUCAGCCUCAUUUUGAACUGUGCUCCCUGUGCCCUGUGCUCCAGUCACCCUGGCCUCUAGAUCUGCCUAUCAGCCACACUUCUUCCUACCAUGGGGACUUUGAGCAUCUGGAAUGCUCUUCCUCCCCCACUCACCUGUUAACUCCUGCUCAUCCUUCAUAUACCUCCCCCCACCUCUUUCAUAGCACGGAUCACAGAUCACAGAUACCUGCAGAAGGCCUACAGGAUGCCAGGCCCCUCUUAAUGUGUUAACUUUUAAUGGGAUUAUUUGAUUUUUCUCUGCCUCCUCCACCAGACUGUAAGUUUCUUGAAAUCAGGAAUCCUGUGUUUAUGGUCAACAUUGGUUCCCUUGGCACACAGCUGGCCCUCAAUAAAUGUUCCCCCAAAG